AUGACGGCCGUAGACCAGAUCCCCCUUUCUCUCUCCCAAUCUAGCCUCGUCAAGAUGGAAGAUAGAAAGCGUUCUAUGCCAUACGAUGGCAGUGAAGCUCCUCCACACAAGAAGCAAGCAACAACCACCAAUGGUGCUGGCAAGUCUCACAUCGAUGCUGACAUGCCCUGGAAGGAUGAACUCGAGCGCUAUCAAAAGGAUGCAAUCUACCGUCAAAUGCGCGAGUACAAGCGCGAGCGAGACACCUUGUCGAGUCAACUAGAAGACAUGCGAAAAAGGACCCAGUAUCACGAUGAACAUAUUCGCUCCAUCGACGCCUGGUUCAAGCAGCUCAUCAACGAAGUUAAACACAUGGUACCUGGCGACGAUGAUCAGGACAUGGAUCUCGCAUCGAUGCCAACCUCGUUGCUAUUCGAGGAUCAGCCUCGAUUCGCUAAUCACAUUUCCGAACGAUCAGAUGAUAUCCGCACCAUGCUCAGUCGCCUAUUCAGCAGAUCGAAAUCCUUCACACCGGAGGUGCUGGAGCUGCAAAAGCAAAUAUCCAAACUUCUUGCAUCAGAACAGGCACAUUUCGCCGAAGCGGAUAGACUUCGUUCUGAUUCUGAGAAUCUUGAAGGAAGGCUCGAAACGGCUAUUGAACGUUACGUUGUUGCCGAGAAGAAACUGGAUCGUGCGAAGAGUCGUGCAGUGGCUGAGUUAGAAAAGCAAGCCAUUCUCGGGCCUGCGAAAGCUGCAGAUGAUACGACCACUUCCAAGAAAGAAGAGCUCACCAAUGGGGUUUCCGAGACGAGUGACGAUCAUGCGGAGCUCGAAAAGGAGCAUAAAAAAGCUCUAGCGGUAUCAGAGACGCUGAAAGCGCAGGUGGACAGUAUCCGGCAGGAGAAUUCCAAACUCCUGGCGCAAGUCACCGAGAUCUCAGCCAAGACCGCCACCAUGACUGACGAUGAUUACGCAAAAACUGAGCUCUUCAAGCAACUGAAGGCGCAACAUGAUGACGGCAUCAAGAAGCUGAAUGACUUGGAGGCUAGGAUGGCUCAAUUGAAGGACGAGAACAAGAAGUUGUCACAAGAGCGGACCAGCUUCCAGAACAAGCUCGAUGACGAAUCUCGCAUCGUGAUUGCCGAGAAGGAUAACCAGCUCGGUAUCAUCGAGAAGGACCUGGCUCGAAUUAGAGCCGAGCGCGACAAUCUGCAGGCAGACGUGAGCAUCAAAAAAGCCACCAUGGACCAAGAGCAAGAAGCAAAUCGCAAGAUCAAGGAACUGAAUGCUGCACUGGAGGACCGAGUAAAAGCUCUUGAAUCGGAAACCGAAAGACUCUCAGCACAGGCAACCAUGGCAAUUGACGACGAACAAUUUGAUCAAAUGAGUGCCGAGGAUCUUCGGAGCAAGUAUUUGGCUCUUGACAAAAACUACAAGAUGCUGAGCGGCGAGCUAACGUCCAUGUCAAUGGCGUUUCAGCGGACUUCAAAGAUUGCGAAUCAGAAAAUCGAUGAGCAGAGGACUUUGGACGAAAAGGUGCAGCGAUUGUCAGCAGAAAAGGCCAAAGCGGAUCAGAAGUACUUUGCUGCGAUGAAGAGCAAGGAGACCCGGGAUCAGGAAAUCCGUACGCUCAAGCUACAGACCAGCAAGUCUUCCGAGAUCUUCAAUCAACUGAAAGAGGCGGAUGCGGCAUCACGGACGUUGCUUGCAAAUCUCGAACGUCAACUCGGGGAGAUGAAGGAAGGUCACGCAUCGAAGGUAUCGGAGUGUCGCAACGCUCAGCAAGAGAAAGCAGUGCAGGAUUUGGAAGUGUCACGUCUCAACAAGCAGGUCGCAGAAUUGAAACAGCAGCUGGUGGCAAAGGACAGCGAGAAUUCCAAGAGAGCCACCGCCUGCAACGAAAUAGAGCUCGAGAAAACCGAGCUCACGACUACCUUGGGACACUGCCGCAAGGAAUUGGAGAAGUGGAAGUCCAAGUCUGGCCACUCUGCUGUCUACGAUGAUCUCCACACGAUGUUAUUUUGCCAUUGCAAGAAAAACAUGAAGAAUGCGGUUAUCAAGACAUGCGGCCACGUCAUGUGCUUCGACUGCAUCAACGAACGCGUGCAGAGUCGGAGUCGCAAGUGCCCAAGAUGCAGCAAAAGCUUCGGCAGCAACGACUACAUGAUGGUGACGCUGUGA